AUGGACUUUAGACAUGUCACGCCUCCGUCAGAGGUCGAUGCUGGAGAAUACGAUGAUCUGCAAUGCCCUGGAGGCAGCGCAAGUACGGAUGCCACUUACUACCCUCACGACUGGUCACCACAGACUGUGAUGACUUGCGCAACUACACCACCGCGAUCGCCUAUGAUAAUACGGGAGAACGGAUCACGACUCCUGCCAAAACCUCGCGACCAAGAUCAACUUAUGGAGCCUGCUUCAGGCCUGCCUUCUUUCCCAAGCCACAGCAGAACAGCUUCUCUACCCAGCAAUGUCUUUUCGAUGCAGUUCGGACCUGCACUACCAGGUCGACCGAGUCUGGACAGACGCUCAACGAGCCCGCGCGGACGAGCUGUGGAUGCGGCACCAACUCCUGCGCCAUCGCCGUACGGCCAUCUUCAGCCUGAGUCGAUGCUGGGGAAUAGACCUUCAAUGGGCAACAUGAGGUCUGUAUCCUCUUCGCACAUCUCAAGCGUACGGUCACACUCGCGGAAUGCAUCGUCUUCAAGCAUUGAUGCCUCCAUGCUGAGUCGGUACGGCUAUCCCACCUAUCGACAGAGUCCAACUCCACAACCAGUAACCUACGGGGCCUCGAUGUCUCGCACUCCCAGCGCAAUGAGCCAUCUCGCUCCAAUCGCCAUGCCUGGUGGCCAGGUUCAGAACUACCCAAACAGCCGCCGAACUGCCAGUCCUCCAGCCAAUCCAUCUCGCCUUUCCGUGGAAGUUGAACCACCAGAGGAAGAAGACCUUCGUACAUCGACGGUAUUGGAAUACCUGACUGGCUCGAACCCAACCCCAUCGCUGAUUCAGAGAAUCAAUGAGACCAACAAAGCCCAGAACAGCCACUUCUGGUUCGACAUCCGCAACCUCCGUGCUUGGUCUGACUUUGACAUCUCCACAAUCUCUUCUAUCCCCGGCCUCCUUGACCUUCUCAAGAUCGACAUCUCCCUCAGCUCCCUCCCAACCCCAUCUAAAGUCAACCUCGCCCCCGAAACACCCGCCCAACUCGCCGAGCUCUGCGCCAGCCACCACGCCGUCAAAGUCAACGCCGCCCUCCGCGUUGCCCAAGGCGACAAGCACAUCUCCAUGCGCACCCUUCGCCUCGCCCCCGGCGCCCGCCAGCAACCCGAGUUCAUCGCAAACUACCAAUCCGACGCCGAAAAGACCAUCUACGGCGACGGCCGCGGCCGCGUCGUCGGUAUCGUUAAGUCCUACGACCAAUGGAACUCCGGCUACCGCCACGGCAGCCCCGUCGACAAGAUCCGCUACCUCGAACACCUCGCGCACCUCCAGCGCUUCAUGCGCGAGCACGGCACACGGUACGGCUUCAUCAUGACCGAAAUCGAACUCGUCUGCGUGCGCAUGGGCGGGACACCCAACGAGGAAAACAUCCCCCUGUUCGGAUACCUCGAACUCUCCCCUCCGAUCCAGAUCUCCUCAUCUUGCAGCAGCAACGAGGAGACUAAAAUGACGGCGGGACUGGCGCUUUUCUAUCUGCAUAUGUUGGCGAAGGAGCAGCCGUUUCCCAGGCAGUUCCAUUGGAGGGUGGAUGUUGGGGGCCCGACGGCUUUGACGAGGAAGAGGCAUUUGGAGAGGGAUGAGUGGAUGCCGAAGGUCAAUCAGCAGGACAAGAGGGGGAGUAAGAGGAUUAGGGGGUGGGUUUGGCCGGAUGAGCCGUUGCAUAAGAGGGAGUGUGGGAAGGCAAAGAGGAAGAGUUGA